AUGGAAACAUUACCUCUAUAUAAAGUGGGUGAAAAUUCCUCUUCGAUUGAUCCUAAUGAAGAAUCGAUUGAUUUUUCGGAAAUUGAUUCGACGACAAGUAGAUAUUGGGUCUCUGAUGAAUAUGGAGAUUUUGUUUCGAAUAAAUAUGGAAAUGAGCUUUCGGGUAAAAAUGAACAAGAAACUGCUCAAGAUUAUGAGGAAUUUUCAAUCGAUAAACAUCAUCGUGUUUCAAGUCAACAGGACGCUAAUAGCAACGCAAACUCAAAUGACCACAAUUCAUUAAUAUCACAUCAUUCUUCUAAUAUUAUAAAUGAUUUCCCUCCAAUAAAAAUCUCAUUACCAGUCGUCUCAUCAAAACAUGAAAAUGAUGAAACUUCCUUUCCAAUAAAUGAAAAUAUACCAAAUGGUAGAGAAAAUUACAUGAAUGAAUAUAGAAGGAAUCUAUUAAAUACAUUAAAUGGCAAUUUUUUUGUGAACGAGGAACAUUCAGAUAAUAGCUCAAUUUCAAGUAAUGUAGAAGUUGCGAAUGAUGAUGAUGAUAAUACAAAAAUGAUGGACACUAUAAAUUUCGAUGCUAAUGGUUCAUCAGAGUUUGUUGGUGAUACUGCCAACCAUAACUUUGCUCCAAAAAGAUAUUCAGACAGAAAAAAUAUUUCUGAUGAAUCAAUGUCGGAGUUUAAAAUGAAACUGGACACUCGUAGCUUCGAGCCAAAAAAUUCCAUAGAUACAAAAUCAAUGAAAGAUAAAAUCAUCAUGGAACUUGAUGAAUCAAAUAUAAUAUAUGAAGAUUUAAGAUCUUGUUAUGCUUUGAAUGAUGACAGAGCCACAAAAUCAACCGCAUCAUUCACUACACAGCUUCCAAAAAUCCACCUGUUCCAUAGUAAUAAUAGCAAAAAAGAAAAUGUAGAGAGUAAAUUCGAUAAUGGAUUGGAAAUAACAAAUGAUGAAAAUUCAUCAAAUAAAGAGGCAAUUUUGGAAUCAUUCACCAUAAAAAGCACUUCCUUUGAGGUUGAAAAUUCUCAAUUUUCUAUCAAUGAAUCUUCAGAAUAUUUUGUAAAUUCAUUGAAAUAUAAAAGUGAAGAAUAUAAAGAUACGACAGAGAUCGAUGAAGAUAAAGCAGCCACAAAAAAUCCACUUGAGAAUUCUACUCAAAAUAACAAGCAUUUGUUCUCCCAUUUCUUUGAUACUAAAGUUACUAAGCUAUUCACAAAAAUGAGAAGAAUGCUUCGGUACUGUCUACUAUCUGUGAUACUCUUUUUAUCAUGUCAGACAUUGAUUUAUGGUCAAUUUUCUGAGCUGUCUAGACCAUAUGAUGUCGGCUCAGCUCCGCAAACAUUGGAUUUCGUUUAUCACAAUCAUGAAGAGAUGACAAAUUUUCUAAGACAAACGGCUUUUAGGUAUCCAAAUCUUACAGCAUUGUACUCAAUAGGAAAAUCUGUUCAAAAUCGUGAUUUAUGGGUGAUGGUGGUAUCAUCAUCACCAUAUGAGCAUAUGCUAGGCAAGCCCGAUGUCAAAUAUAUUGGAAAUAUUCAUGGAAAUGAGGCUGUUGGACGUGAAUUGCUCUUACACUUGAUUCAAUAUUUUAUGACAAGCUACUAUACAGAUCCAUACAUCAAGUGGCUUUUGGAUAACACAAGAAUUCAUAUAAUGCCGUCGAUGAACCCUGAUGGAUAUGCAGCCUCUCGUGAGGGUGAAUGUGAAGGUGGAAAGGGAAGAGGAAACUCGAGAGGCUAUGACCUGAAUCGAAAUUUCCCAGAUUAUUUUAAAGCAAAUACUAAACGAACUCAACCAGAAACGGACGCUGUUAAGGAUUGGAUCUCAAAAAUACAGUUUCUAUUAAGUGGCUCCUUACAUGGCGGUGCAUUGGUUGCGAGCUACCCAUUUGACAACACUCCAAAUGCCAUGUUCCAUUCAUAUGCAUCAGCUCCAUCACUUACACCUGACGAUGACGUCUUCAAGCAUCUCUCAUUGGUAUAUGCAAGUAAUCAUGCUAAAAUGUCACGCGGUGUCGCAUGUAAAAGUUCUGCAAGUACUCCAUCAUUUCAAAAUGGAAUUACAAAUGGUGCAGCAUGGUAUCCGUUAACUGGUGGAAUGCAAGAUUAUAACUACAUCUGGUAUGGAUGUUAUGAAGUUACACUUGAAAUAUCGUGCUGUAAAUUUCCACCUGCUCAUGAGUUAAAGAAAUACUGGACAGACAAUCAGGCAUCGCUCGUAAAAUUCUUAGCUGAAGCUCAUCGUGGAGUUCAAGGGUUUGUUCAUGAUCAGAAUGGCAUUCCUAUUGAAAAAGCAUCACUGAAAGUUAAAGGUCGUGAUGUUGGUUUUCAGACAACAAAAUAUGGUGAAUUUUGGAGAAUUCUAUUGCCAGGAGUCUAUAAGCUUGAGGUCUAUGCGGAUGGAUAUUCACCACGCGAAAUAGAAUUUAUGGUGGUUGAUCAACAUCCGACGUUGCUAAAUGUAACUUUAACGCCAGCCAAGGUACGUCCUCAUUAUCAACAAACUUAUUUCUAUUAUCACUAAAUUUUUAAUACUCAGAACUCAAUUAUAAUUCUGUGUAUAAAGGAUGUAUAGAGGUUAAGCUUUGUUUUCUUGUAUUUUUCUGAAAACGAAUAUACAAAAGUUUUCUUCAAAUCUUUUAUAAGAAGAGCUUACAAUGUCAAAAAACAUUAAUUCGUAGAACAUAGAAGGGAUAAAAGUUUCUCACUUUCAUUUGAUAAGUUUUAAUCGC